AUGGGGUGCGAUCGCGGCGCCGCCCUGCUGCUCCUGCCGCUCGCCCUGCAGCUGUGCCCGGGCCGCGCCGCGCCGCCCGCCCCUCGAGUUAUUGAUCUUCUUUCAUAUUCCAACAAGAGAGUGGUAACAAACUUCCUGCAACAAGCACUUGGCGAUCCUACGCUGAAUGAAGUGUUCUUGCUCUCAACAUUCAAACUGCAGCCAAAGAGCACAGCCACCAUAUUUGGCCUGUAUUCAUCAACUGGAAACAGCAAGUAUUUUGAGUUUAUGGUAAUGGGACGGAUGAAUAAAGUGGUACUUCGCUAUCUGAAGAGUGAUGGGAGGUUGAACUCCGUGAUUUUUAGCAACGUCCAGCUGGCUGAUGGGAAACCACAUGCUGUCAUCUUGUGGCUGAGAGGUCUGCAGCAGGAAUCAAGCACAAUAGAGUUGUAUCUGGACUGUCUGCAAGCAGGUGCCAUUCAGGACCUGCCAAAAGCAUUUUCAACUCUGCCUGGGAGGUCAGCAGCAGUAGAAUUGCACAUCUUCCAGAAGAAGCCACAGGUUACACUGGAUGAGUUGAAGCUGGUAACUGGAGGAACACUUGCCCAAGUGGGAAACCUGCAGGACUGUUUUCUUCAGCAAAUUGAACCUGCUUCUCAGUACAAUGGUGAUUUUAAUAGGCAGCUGAUGAGCCAGAUGAUGCAGAUGAACCAGUUACUGGGUGAUGUGAAAGACCUUCUGAGACAACAGGUCAAAGAAACAACUUUUUUGAGAAAUACCCUAGCUGAGUGCCAGGCAUGUGGUUUGGGAACUGUGAAUUUUCCAACUCCGAUCCCUAGGCGCAGCAAACCCAAAUGUGAAGCAAGUUCCUGCUUCAGGGGAGUCAGGUGCAUGGAGACAACUGAGGGAUUUCAGUGUGGCCCCUGCCCUGAAGGGCUCACAGGGAAUGGAGUGAUAUGCUCAGAUAUCGAUGAGUGCCGUUACAGCCCUUGCUUCCCUGGAGUGCGUUGUGUGAACACUGUACCAGGUUUCCGAUGUGAGACCUGUCCCCCAGGAUAUACAGGACAAACUGUGCAAGGAGUGGGACUCAGCUAUGCCAAGAGCAAUAAGCAGGUCUGCUUAGAUAUUGAUGAAUGUCAGAAUGGUGGGCAUGGACUCUGUGUUCCAAAUUCCCAUUGUAUAAACACUUUGGGUUCUUAUCACUGUGGCCAGUGCAAAUCAGGAUACACAGGAGACCAAGUUAGGGGAUGCCAGGCUGAGAGAAGCUGCAGAAGUCGAGCCCUCAAUCCAUGCAGUGUCCAUGCCCGGUGCAUUGAGGAAAGGAGAGGGGAGGUGACAUGCAUUUGUGGCAUUGGCUGGGCUGGUGAUGGUUAUAUUUGUGGAAAAGAUGUUGACAUUGAUGGCUACCCAAAUGAAGAGCUCUCUUGCCCUGCUGAAAGCUGCAGAAAGGACAACUGCAAAUUUGUCCCAAACUCUGGACAGGAAGAUGCUGAUGGUGAUGGGGUUGGCGAUGCCUGUGAUGAAGAUGCAGAUGGAGAUGGCAUUCCCAAUGACCAGGAUAACUGUGUCUUGACUCCCAAUGUUAACCAGAGAAAUAGUGACCAAGAUAUCUUCGGAGAUGCUUGUGACAACUGCCGCAACGUCCUGAAUAAUGACCAGAGGGACACAGAUGGUGAUGGGAAAGGAGAUGCUUGUGAUGAUGACAUGGAUGGAGACGGUAUUAAGAACCUUUUGGAUAAUUGUCAGAGGAUCCCCAACCAAGACCAGGAGGACAAGGAUAAUGAUGGUGUUGGUGAUGCCUGUGACAGCUGCCCUACAGUCAGCAACCCAAACCAGUCUGAUAUUGACAAUGACCUGGUUGGAGAUUCGUGUGAUACCAAUCAGGACAGCGAUGGCGACGGGCACCAGGACAGCACAGACAACUGCCCCACCAUCAUUAACAGCUCCCAGCUGGACACCGAUAAGGACGGGCUGGGUGAUGAGUGUGAUGAGGAUGAUGAUAACGAUGGCAUUCCUGACCUCUUGCCCCCUGGCCCUGACAACUGCAGGCUGGUCCCCAACCCAGGGCAGGAAGAUGAUAACGGUGAUGGAGUUGGGGAUAUCUGCGAGUCUGAUUUUGACCAGGAUACAGUAAUUGAUCGGAUCGACGUCUGCCCUGAGAACGCAGAGAUCACCUUGACAGACUUCAGGGCCUAUCAGACAGUAGUGCUGGACCCAGAGGGAGACGCACAGAUUGAUCCCAACUGGGUGGUUCUGAACCAGGGCAUGGAAAUUGUGCAGACUAUGAACAGUGAUCCUGGCCUUGCUGUUGGUUACACAGCUUUUAAUGGUGUCGACUUCGAGGGCACUUUUCACGUGAACACGGUGACAGACGAUGACUACGCUGGUUUUAUUUUUGGCUAUCAAGACAGCUCUAGCUUUUACGUGGUAAUGUGGAAACAGACGGAGCAGACGUACUGGCAGGCGACUCCCUUCAGAGCUGUGGCAGAGCCUGGCAUUCAGCUAAAGGCUGUGAAAUCAAAGACAGGCCCUGGUGAGCACCUCCGCAACUCCCUCUGGCACACGGGGGACACCAGCGAUCAGGUCAGACUGCUGUGGAAGGACCCCCGGAAUGUAGGGUGGAAAGACAAAGUCUCCUACCGCUGGUUCUUGCAGCACAGACCCCAAAUUGGAUAUAUCAGGGCAAGAUUUUACGAAGGCUCUGACCUAGUGGCAGACUCUGGUGUAACUAUAGAUACCACGAUGCGUGGAGGACGGCUUGGAGUUUUCUGCUUCUCUCAGGAAAACAUCAUCUGGUCCAACCUGAAAUACCGCUGUAAUGACACCAUUCCAGAGGACUUUCAAGAAUUUCAGGCUCAGCAAUUUGGAGUUGGGGAUAUUUAAGAAGUAAAGGCAAACUAACAUUGCUAUUGCAAACAAUAAAACAGUAUAUUUUAAAUCCUUAUAUGAUUGUUGUAAGAGUGCACACCGCAGCUUGUUCUCAUU